UGGCCGCAUCGGCUUCAGGCGCUUGCCGAGAUUGCGGGGGAAAUGAGGUGCUUAUAGAAUUUUCCGAGAGGGAUGCUUUGGGUUUGGUGUUCUAUUGUUUCUUGUAUUUCCUCAUUUAAAUUCAAGUACUGUAUUUUGUCCUAUGGCCAGCCUGUUGUUUCAAAAUGCAAUCCUAAUUACCGCUGUAUGUUCAACACUUUCUCAAAACCCCUUCUGGCCUUACGAAAUAUCUGAUGGGAGUUCCUAUCGUCAAACUUUCUUGCCUCAAAGCUAUGCCUCCCCGCCGAUGUUCUCAACAUUUCGAAGAGCGGAGUGCAGCCAUCAACCGGGCUCCUCCUGUAUGUUCGUGCUCUUGUGCCUGAUGGGGGGUGGAGUGUCUGCUGGAUCCUGUUCCGGGAGCCUUCUUUCCACCUGUUGCGUCAUGCCUUCAGCCGCCCCUGCCAUAGCACCAGCCCGCAGACUGCCGGCUCUGGCCCCUGCUUUUCAAACUGUGGAAGCUAAACCGGUGGAUCAAUCACUGGUGAAGAAUGCAACUUUAAAGAACACAACUGAUCCUGCGAAUUUUACUCAAUGUGGCAUCGCACAGAUGAGACUUCAAAAAAGGAUCAUCGGAGGAACUGAUGCAACGUAUGGAGAAUUUCCUUGGCAGGCCCAUAUCAAAUUGAACCGUCAACAGUGCGGUGGAGUCCUUCUAAACAACUACUAUGUUCUAACAGCAGCUCACUGUAUUUAUCAAGUACGCUUGCGGGACAUAACCAUUCAGCUGGGUGUGUACGACAUUCAGGACCACAGUCGACAGGAAUUUCCUCCUCAGACCUUUACCGUGGUGGAGAAGAAAGUCCAUCCAAAAUUCAAGUACCAGGCGGCACAUCCUGACCGGUAUGACGUGGCGCUCUUGAAGCUGGACAGAGCUGCAGUUUACCAAGAGAACGUGGUGCCAAUAUGUCUACCGAGGAAGAACUGGGAUUUCCUCGGAUGGAAGGGCAUUAUUACUGGUUGGGGAAAAACGGAUACUGGUUUGAGUAAUCGUUAUGGAACCAGAUUGCUGCAGAAAGUGGACGUGCCAAUAAUAUCGAAUGAUCAAUGCGAGGAAUGGCACCAAGACAAAGGAAUCGACAUCUCAAUUUCGCCAGAAAUGAUGUGUGCUGGAUAUGAAGAAGGGAAGAAAGAUGCAUGCGUAGGCGAUUCUGGAGGUCCCUUGAUGGUAUCCGUUAGAGGGCGCUGGACGGUAGUUGGCCUCGUUUCCGCGGGAUUCGGCUGUGCUCAAACUCGCCAACCUGGUAUUUACCAUAGAGUACCACACACAGUUGAUUGGUUACGCAAGAAUAUAAACUCGUGACGUUACUUGUUGGACAAUAUGUGAAACUGACUGAGCAGCUGUGCUGCUUUUCAACUCUGACAAAGAGCACGUAGCUUUUUAUUAAUUUUGAAAACUUUUAUUCUGUUUGAAAG